AAGAUACCCUCUGGCUCAAAAUGGACGACGACGGGGAAGAAUAUGAUUAUGACACUGCGCCCGAAAGCAACAAGAAGUAUACCAUAUUCUGGAUUGAUGGCGGAGCCAAUAUGUUCAAAGGUGGAGACGACUGCGACUUCAAAAGAGCCAUCAAGGCUGUAUUCAACCAGUUGCUGAAAAUAGGCUGCUCCGGCUCACGUACUCAUCGUUAUGGGCUCUUCAUUGCGAAUACAGCUAAUUCUGAAACAAAAUCUGCUGGAGCAGUAAAGCACUGUGUAGAAUGGUUUGACCUAAAGGUGCGAACUGACUAUGAAUCUGGCGAAGAUCAACGACGUGUAUGUAUGCUGAAGGAGUUCAUUGAUGAAGACAACAUCGAGAAAACGUUCAAGAAACGUUUUGGUGGACAUUCGAAAUGUGAUCUAUCAACGCUUCUUUGGUAUUCGAGAAAAACUUUCAUGGAGCAAGGUGUAUCGCAGCGACAACAAACCAUUGUAUAUGUCACCAAUGAUACCAACCCAUUUGAGGAAAACUGGGCUACACAAUUUGAGGGCUACUUUACUAGGAUGAAGAAAGGAGUGAGUUCGUUCCGCCAUCAGAAGGGAAAACGCACUAUGGGUGAUUUUUGUGUAGUUUUGCUACGCAAGGAAGAUAAUGAUGACGACGAAGCCUUUGAAAAAGAUACGAGGGUUUGGCGGCAACUGGAUCCAAAUAUUGGCGCGAGCAGUACUAUAGAAGACUUGGAGACUCAGGUUUACCAGAAAACUUUCUCACUCAGAGCAUUCAGCAAUAUACCAUUUGAAUUGGGUCCAGGAGUGAAAUUUAGCGUGGCUGUGUAUGCGUUAGCAAGCGAAGCUCGUCCACCUGCCAAGGAAUAUGUGGAUUACGAUACGGAAAAUCCUGUUGAGAAAAGACAAGUAUGGAUAGCGAAAGAAGAUACACAGAGUCAAAAAACCGGUAAACAUCGUCGUGGUGGUGAACCUAUGGUCAAGGAUGAACCGACAGUCAAGGAGGAGUACGAAACGGAUGCUUUAGCAGACACAGAGUGGCUAGAACAAGAAAUCAGAGAUCGAACACGAGCCAAGUUUGAGCUGAAAAAGGCAAUAAAAAUUGGUGGUGAAUGCAUAGUCAGCGAGCAAAGCGAAAUAGAGGAGCUGGGUAGAUUUGAUGCGAAGGGUAUUGUGCUUCUUGGAUUCAGACCAAUAUCAGAGAUCAACUUUAUGAACCACAUCCAGCCCUCUCGGUUUAUCUAUCCAGAUGAGAGCAACGUUCUCGGUUCCGCUUGUCUGUACCGUGCACUAUUGGAACGUUGUUGGAAAAAGAAGAUGGCUAUGAUCUGUCGUUUUUGCUCACGAGCCAACCAGAAAGUGCGUCUGGUCGCACUUGUACCACACAUGUCGGAUAAACCUGAGAGCAGAACGGAUGUUAUUCGAGACUAUGAUUUUGACGGAUUCCAUGUGGUUUUCCUGCCUUUCGCUGAAGACGUACGGGAUGUUUCCGAGAAAAUGCAGUGUCCUGAGGGAGAAUGGCCGGAACCAUCGAAAUCUGACGUCAGUGUUGCUUCAGCGUUUGUGAAGAAACUUACCGGCUCAUACAAUCCAUCGCAAUAUGAGAAUCCAAGACUGCAAUCCUUCUACGCUAUGAUAAUCGAAAAUGUUGUCGGAGAACAGAUAGUGAAGCCUACAGAUACUUUAUUACCCUAUCACGCGCGACCUGAAUGGGCGGAUAGGGUGAAGAAAGAAUCACAGAGUCUUAUCAAGCACUUUCAUUUGGAGGAGCUGGAGAACAAGGUUUCACCGACAGGCAGAAAAAGAGCUAAUAGUACAUCGCAGAACGGUGUGCGAAGCAAAAAGGGGAAAGAGGAUGCAGCUGAAAUGGACGCACGGGAACUGGCAGAGCAGGGGAAGCUUGAAACCCUCACUGUUGCACAACUACGUGUUGCUAUCAGCGAACAUCUAGCAUGUGAAGUCAAAAAAGGCACCAAAAAAGCAGAAAUGGUUGCCAUGCUUAAGAAAUACUUCAAAGUUUGAUCUACUAUGUAUAUUGUGAUUUUUGAUUUUUGUUCAUUAACUACCUCAUGCAUGAUCUGAAGUACCAGCUAUUACC